AUGGACACUAUGGAGAACCCCGCCUUGGAGCCCAGAUCGGAGCGGAUCGCCCGCUACAAGGCCGAGAGGAGGCGGGAGCUGCAAGAACGCUAUGGCAACAUGGAGGAGCUCCCAUCCAAGUGGGUGAGGAGGGAUGGGACUCUCAUGAACUCAGACGGUGCUCCUCCCUCCACAGACAGGACCCUCUCUGGGGGGGUGAACGGCAGAGCAGGGGGGCUGGAGGGGGGCAGGAGGGGCCUCCACUGGGAGAGCAGCACCCCUCUGGAGUCAGAACCUCGGAGAGUCUCCAACGGCUUUGAGGCAGACACUUCUGCAGACCCAACAUACCUCCAAAGGUGAGUCCCUUCCAUGUGUAGCCGAUCAGUAGUGGAGACCCUUCUCAACCCCAUCAGGAACACAAGUGAACAAAGAGUGAUGCAGCAGACAGGUUGCAUACACUGACAAUUCCCUUUGUUUCUGUGUAUGAUGUCACACUACAUGCUGACUCAGACCACUGAACCUAGUUAUGCUGAAAGUGUGCAGGUAAUGCCUACUGGCCAUCAGUGAAUUGUUGUGUUAUACAAUAUCAGGCCACGUAGAGUAACAGCUACAACAGAAUGGCCUUUUCCCUGUUCCCUAACUACAGAUUGAUGAAUAGAAACAACCAUAUUAUGUGUAACCACCUCUUAAAACAACCCCCAUUCAGUCACCAAGCUCCUUCUCCAGUGAACAUUCUCUCAUGUGACCUUUCAGCCCCGUAAAACAGUUGUCAGAGUUCACCUGUGCUUUAUGGCGUUUGUUGCUAAUUCAAGCAGAGAGAGCUAAACCUGGCUCCCAGCGGGGUGCAGUACUAGUACAGCAGAGAUCACAUUGAUUCCUCCAUGUGUGUUUUAUACCCUACUGACCUGGACUCCCUUUCCUUUAAGAGAUACAAUACUUUGUCAAGGUUGCUCUUUAGGAAUUGGCAGUGUUGUGGUAGUUUGCCACUUUCCUUACGCCACCUACCUCCCUCCUCCCCCGCCUCCAGGCAGUGUUCCUCUGGCUCUGCCGGCAUGUUGAGUGGGGGGAAGCCCCUAGCUCCCCCAGGCCCCCCUGGACCCGACUCGGCCCAGCUGCAAACGCGGGUGUCGGUGGGCCAGCUGAGGAGUGCCCUGCUGCAGCAGACCGGAACUGGAACACAGCCUGAGAAAGUGUAGGGUCUCCUGCAUGAAACGGCCUGUGUGUGUGUUGUUAUUCUGAAUAUGUGUGGGUGUCAGUCUCUUUGUGAAAUCUUCUAUUUGUCUCUGUUUGUAUACGUCUACAGUGUGUGUUAGUGGGAGUUGUCCCACUGCUUCCAGUCUCUCACUAUCUCUCUCUCCCUUUCUCUCCUGAUGCUCACCCUGUUCCUCUGUGGUUGGGAAUAGUAGCCCUGACAGUGGCCUUGCGGCCUCUUCCCUUGACCUGGCUGUUAAGCCGGGCUCGGAGGGGGGACGGCGGCGCACCCGUCGCUACCUCCCUGGGGUGUCAGGCGGGGGCCGCAAAACCAACGAGCGCUUCAGGACACAGCCGAUCACAGCCUGUGAGGUGCAGGAGAGCGGCGGGUAGGGACUGUGUGCUGCGGCCCGCCGUAUCAACCAUAUCAUAUCAGAGCAUGCAGGUCAAGCCUGGGGCUCAUCUGGAAGACUCUGCCGUAGUUUGGUUACUCUUCAGGUGGAGAGGUUUGCAGUGUUUUGUGCCAUUGCAGGGUUGUUGUUUUUUUGCUGAUGCGUUGUUUUGAUAGUGUGUGAUAAUGGUUUCCAUGCAUGUAAAUGCUUUCCAGAUAUUUACUGUCCUCUCAUAGAGGAGCAUUUCUUCUUGUGGUUAUGUAUUGAAAUAAUUGCCCUUGGUACACUGGCAAGAGGCAUGAUUUGCAUGUAUGUUUGCAUCUGUUAAUGGCGCUUAAUACCAAAACCAUGACAUGAACAGUGUUGCUAUGUUGAGCAUGCAGAUAUGGCACAGGAGCCUGGGCCUGUGUGUGAGAUACAGUAACCCACACAGACAAUGGAGAGAGAGUGAAAAGAGAGAAUUAUACCAGGCAGGAAUAAGCAUGGUCAAACUCCUCUCAUCUUUUGUCUUGUGUGCAUGUUUCAGCCAAUGACCUUGUGUUGAUUCUCUCUCUCUGUCCCACAGGCUGCUAGAAGCAGAGGAAGAGGAGAACGCUAAAGGUAACGAACCCCGCCCACCUGGGGUCACAUGGCCUGUUUUUGUUUGCCACACACAAACGGCUGAUCCAUGGCCUAUUGGACUGCCUCUGUACUGCCUCUGUGUUAACUGAGUGGGGGGAGGGAGGGACAGAGACACAGCUAGAGAGAGAGAGGGACAGAGAGGAACACAGAGAGAGAGAGAGAAACAGAGAGAGAGAGAGCGAAAUAGAGAGAGAGAGAGAGGGGGGGUCACAGGCAUAGUGCUGUGUGGCUUGCCAGGGAUAAUGUUUAACACAGUGACAAAGAAGAGCAGGUGCUCUCUCUCUUUCUCUCUCUCGCUCUCUCUCUCUCCCCCCCUCUCACUCUCCCCCCACCCCUCUCUCUCUCUCUCUCUCUCUCUCCCCCCCCUCUCUCUCUAUCACAGAAAUGCCGACAUGAGAGAUAGGAGGUGGCAAAGAUAAAAUGGCUCAGCAGGCUGCUGUAAUAGGCUCUGUCAUCACACAGUAGCUGAGAGACAGACAGACAGACAGACAGACAGACAGACAGACAGACAGACAGACAGACAGACAGACAGACAGACAGACAGACAGACAGACAGACAGACAGACAGACAGACAGACAGACAGACAGACAGACAGACAGACAGACAGACAGACAGACAGACAGACAGACGAAAAGGGGGCGGACAACACCGGGUCAGAAGGAAUAACAGUUUUUUCUAUUUUCACUCAAAAUCAACCGAUAAUAUAAACGCACAAACCUAUAUCAACUAAUAGUUACUGUAUAACAGUACGUUUAUAACAGUAAACCUAAUGAAUAUACUCUGACCUCUACUUACACUCAACCCCAGCUCCAGAGCUGCCUUUAUAGAACAUCUAUAAUAAACAGAACAUAAAAUAAAUCAAGGGCUUUUAUUUUUAAACAGUCCACCAGACCCAGAUGGGCACAGGGUGACGGUAGAAUGUUGAAGUUCCUCUGUAGGGAUGGAUUUAUGAGCCAUAAAAGCUCCUUACCGCCACUAUAAAAAUUGUCCCCACUUCUACACAGUAGCUGUCCAAUAAGUUCUCUCUCAUACAUUCAUUUGUAUGUCCACCUAAAAUACAUGAUUACAUAGCCAUUGAGAGCAUUGUUAGAAACAACAGAGACAGUUGACACUCACACGAUCAGCGAUGCUGACCAACUGCCCAACUGCCUGGUCAAAAGGAUGAGCUGUGUGGUCAUUAAGUUCAGGCCAGGUGAGAGGAAGUAGCCAGCUAGCAGUGCCAGCUGAGAGAUAGUGGUGGUGGUGCCAUGUGACAGUGUAGUGAAUGCCAGGUGCAGGACAACAAGCAGGGCGAUGGCCUCACAUGAAUGGAUCAGUCACAGAGAUCUGUCUAUCUCAUUGUGUCGCAGCUUGACUGACAGGUAGCCUCUCUGGACUACUAUAAGCAGGUUAACAGUUUUUGCUGUAUGACAGGGACUGUGAGUUCGCUAUAUGAUCAUAAGGUGAGUGGGGUGCUGUUCAAUUUUUUGUUUGCCUAUUUUUAUUUAGAGGGUUCGGGUUAAUGUGUUUGACAGGCUCAAUGAUGCCAAAAUGAUAUCCCUGCUGAUGACACAGACAGGCUGACAGGCAUUUUGCAUUUUAACAAGGUGUGUCUUUGAGUGUGUAUGUACUUACCUCUAAUGCAUUUACCUCAGUUUGCCUGACUUUAUGUAUAUAUUUAAUGUAAUGUAUUUUCCCCCCAGCUGAUGUGAAGACAGACGACAGAGCCAAGAUGAGUGUGGCGGCCAAGAUGUCUCUGUUUAAAGUAAGCACGUCCAUCUAUCUCAGCCUUGGCUGUGAAACAGGAACUCCUCCCAGGACCCCGCUCCUGUUCCCUUGUACCAUGCUGUCCGUCUCCAUGCCUGACCACAAAAGGUCAUCACCAUGGAGACCAGGGGGGCUACACAGGGCUUAUGUCUCACCACUGCACAUCAACAGAAACAACAGAGCCCAUGUUGAGAGAGGAGAGAGAGAGAGAGAGAGAGAGAGAGAGAGAGAGAGAGAGAGAGAGAGAGAGAGAGAGAGAGAGAGAGAGAGAGAGAGAGAUGAGAGAGAGAGAGAGAGAGAGAGCGAGAGAGAGAGAGAGAGAGAGAGAGAGAGAGAGGACGAGAGAGAGAGAGAGAGAGAGAGAGACUGCUCACCUUACAGUCAUGGAGCAACACAUGAUGAGCCAACAGGCUGAGCUGAGCAUGCAGAACUGAACACGCCGAACGAAUGUUGAGGAAUAUGAAUGGCCAAACAGGUGCUGCUCUCUGAUCCAGACAGGGCCUUGUAUAAUAGUACUGUACUAUAUAUUGGUACAUGGUGCCUAAAUUACAUCUGCAGAAAGAGUGUAAUAUAGGAAGCCAGACCACAGAGUGCAUGCAGAUGGACCCUGCUGUUCUUAGUUUACUCCCAUUGGUCAAUGUUUUAUUGUUUAUGUAGCCUUUGGCAGUCUGUCUUGUUAAUCAAUCUAAUUUAGCUAUAGUCCCAGGCUAUAGUUCAAACAUUUCUCAGGAGGACUGCUAAUGGGUUUCCUUCUCUGUGUUUACUUUGAAAUGGGAUCCUAGUGAUCCACCUUUACUGAAAUUCAAAACAUUAGCAACCAACCAGCCCCCCCCCCCCCCCCCCCCCCCCCCCCCCAGGGGAGCCAGGUGGUUAUAAAGGGACUAUAAAGCCAUGAACAGCCAUUAACAGGUGGUUAUAAUUAGCCUAUAGCUAGCUCCUGUCAGGCUGGCUGGUGGAGGAGGGAGGCAGGGCCAGGAGGGAGGGGAUUGAGGGGAGGGCCAGAGAGGUAAUGGUACGCUACUGAGGGAGCUCUGGUUACACUGUGACCUGCAGACCUGGCAUUCUAUCCCUCUCCUCUACCUCCUUACGUAGGCUACCCACAGCAACUUACAGAUCCCUGGUUUAUUCACCAGCUAACUGACCCACUUCCGCUGCCUAUAGUAAUGCACCUCCAUUCACAUGCCAGGAAAGAGAGAGAGUUUCAAUGAAAGAUAUGAAAAAGGAGAGGACAUUUCUGUCGUUUCUCCUGUUAUUUUUUCAGUAGAGUGAGACAGUCAUUUCAACCAUUAUUUUACAUUUACAUUUAAGUCAUUUAGCAGACGUUCUUAUCCAGAGCGACUUACAAAUUGGUGCAUUCAACUUAGGAUAGCCAGUGGGACAACCACAUCUUGAUCACAGUAAGUACACUUCUUCAAACAAGCAGCUGUGAGCAAAGUCAGUGCAAUCAGGGACAACUACAUCUCGAUCACAAUAAGGACAUUGUAUGCUCUGUUUGAUCUAAAUGUCUAUUAUACACCGGUGGCAAAGGUAUUAUUGUGCAACAUGUAAUGGUCAGAUAUUAUGUAUCAAAUAUCAACAUAAAUGUUAUGAAUGACUAUUUCUCUCUCUCUUUCUUUCUCUCUUCUCCCUCUUUCUCUCUGUUGCAGGAGCUAGAGAAGACAGCAGCCCCUGAGGCCUCCUCCUUUCUGAAGCCUCGCUCUGGCAGCGUCACGUCUGAACGCAGAGUACGACGCGGCAACGAGCACCGCUCACUCACUCAGCCAAUCACCUGUGAGGAGAUGGUGGUGGCCACCAGGUGAGCAGGGUCAAGAGUCACACCUCGAUGGUCAAUGGACAAGGAGAUAUUGUAUCUGUGGGCAGUGACGUGUUGGCAGACAGUAUGCAAAAAACAUUGGCCUCUCACACAUUCAAAUUCCUUGCCCAGUGGGUUGUGGAAUCCACAUGGAAGGCAGGUCAUGAGAUCAUAACUGAUUAUAGUUGUGAAACGGUUUAUGGUAUACGGUUUCUGUAGGUUCGUCGCUCUAGCACAUUCGGAUAUCGAUUUAAAGCCAACGUUAUCAAAGUAAUCUAAAAUAAUUCAUAGAUUUUAAAUAAAAAACACUUUAUGUUUGUCAUAGAUGGACAAUAUGAGAUGAAAGGCCAUUUCAUAACGAGUUCAGGAAGUCAUGCUAGAGCCCUGUGCGAUGUUCAGAAGGGUGGGGGGCAGAAGUUUUAAUCAAGAGAGACCUUUUUCUAAUACUAAACAUAAAAAUAUGUAUUUCACCAUUAUAAUGAAGGCGAAAUCUUAUAGUUAGUCGUUUUAUAACUUGAUUGUACUAUAUUUAGAAUGCAUAUAAGUUAUUUCAAGCCUUAUACAGUUUUGUUGAAUAGAAAAUACAUCAUAUAAAAUAUUUCACAUUUUCAUAUUUGUACUGUGUACUUGAGCUUGUGUCCUGAAAAGUGACUACUCCUCAGCAAUUUAUAACUAUUUUUACCAGAAAGGUGAGAUUGUAAUCUUUCUUGCGGUAUAAGCAUUACUAAGUAUUGUUUAUGGCCCUCUCAUGAUAAAUAAUUACUUUUGGGUAUGUCUAUUUAGGCAGAAAUCUACAUUUUGCCAUUACAUUUAACAGGUUUAAUAUUGCACAGUUUUCUAUUGAAAACCUAGAGCUGGUAGGGUUUGUUCACUCAUAAUGGCGUCCCAUCUGGCUAACUACAUGUGUCCUUUACUGAGUUGGACAGAGAGAUUCCUGCCUCUAAUUGGAACAGGGAGCAGUCAGAGAGGAGGCUAAAACACUAAUUUACUGCCACGCAUUAAAAAUAUCUCACAUUGUGUUCCACAGUUCCGUCAAUACACAUUUUAAUUAACAGGGCUGUUUCUCUGUUUUAACUAUUCAUCCAUGACUUCCAUUCACCACUCUUCUUCUCCUAUCUAUCUACCCCAUGUCCCUGCAGCACCCCCCAGCCAGCGGAGUCAGGCGAGGCCAAGGCUGUGCAGGCCGAGGCGGAGGCGGUGGAGGACGAUGAGAACAGUAAGCUGACUAUGAGUGAGAAGCUGGCUCUGUUCAACAAGCUGUCCCUGCCAGGGAGCCAGGGGGACGCCCCUCCUGAUGCCCCCCCGGAGAGACGCAGGCAGAAGGGGGCACGCUACCGCACACAGCCAAUCACUGUGGAGGAGGUCAGCCUGGUGAGUGUGUGUGGGACCAAGACAUCCUCAGAGGAAUGGAAGAGAGAAUAUUAGAGAUGACAUUGGCAAUUGUGUGUGUGUAUCUUUCUUUAACUGAGAAAUGUAGAUUGUGACACAGGUGAUUCAGUGUGUGUAUGAGUGGUGUGUGUGUGUGUGUGUGUGUGUGUGUAUACUGGAUGUUGACGUGAGCAUGAGUAUGUGAGUAAGUACACAAAAUUAAAUGUCACGCUCUGUGCCUCUAACUGUUGUGAGCACUGGAUUGAUCAAUAGUUUUAAUUGAUCAGUAUCAAGCCAAUAUUGACCAUACCACUGUCCAGAGGGUAACACUAUACUAGCGCCCAAUUCACACUAAAAUUAGACAGGUCCAAAAUGAUGACUCAGAAAUAUGUAGUAACCUCUUCUUUUUAUAGUUUUCAUACUAAUUUACACUAUUGUGAUGAGUAGAAUCUAUCAUCUCCAUGUCUCUGACAACAUUCUCCUCUCCAUGUCCUCCCUCAGCUCCAGAAAGGCCCCAUCCAGCUGCCCCCACUGCGCCUGUCCCCCACCCUCUCCGACCGGCAGCAGGAGCUGUCCGUCAACCUGAGGCCCUUCGAGGUGCAUCAGGCCCAGACUCGACCCGAGGCCGACGUGGAGCCAAACACAGGACCUGACCCGUCCCAGCAGGGCUUGCAGCAGCGCUGGGACUCUGAGCCAGGAGAGAUCAGAGGCAUCCUGAUGAAGAGCCCCUCUGCAGGACCAGAAUGGGACCCAGACAGAGACAUUGUAUGGGAGGACAGACAGCAGGACCAGAACGGAGGAGGGGAGAGAGGGAACGGGGUGGAGGAGAGGAGGGCAGUGAGACAUGAUAAUGUACCCGUGCCUCGUAGAGAGAGACCAGCCUCCUCUGCCCCCUGGAGACAGAGGAACAGGAACAGGAGGGAGACGGUGGCCAUGUGUGCCCCAGCCAGGCCAUCCUCAGAGCAGGGUCACCCCCAGGAGGAGAGGCCUUCCCUGGCUGAACAGAGAGGGCAAAUGGACCCCCCUGUGAACACCUCUGGGAGAGACAGGUACACAACUAACACAAGAGCCAACACACAGGCCUUUUAAAUUAUGUGUUUGUGUGUGAACGUUGAGGGAACGUUGUGACCCUGUGUGUGUGUGUGCGCGAGCGAGCAUACGCACGAGAUAGAAAUUUGCAUGACUAUUUCUUAGACCUCCCCUCUGUCUCUGUGCAGGCUGUCAGAUGCUUCCAGGGAGGAGGAAGAGGAGGAGAGGGGUAGCUUAAUGAGGAGAGACACCCCUCCCAGACAACACGUCCAGGUGACCUUGGCGGACCAGAGAAAGGUAAGACCAGCGGCCAUCUUACUGGACCUCUCCUUAGUUGAAACACACACAUAGACACCUUAGUCAUAGCAGGCAUGUACUGGGAAUGGUGGGCAGUGGAUGGAUGCUGACAUCACUGAUUUGCAUUGGAAAUCUCAGACUGACUGAGCUCAUGUGUUUUGGAGCAAGUUGGUUGGCUGUUUAUAGUUGAUUUGGGUCUGCACUUGUGUUUAGCAUCUUGAAUAUGUAGGCUCAGAAUCACAAUGAGGCAAAUCCAGUUUUAGCCUGGAAAGCAGAGCAGCGGACAGCUGUGGACACAUCCUUCUCAGUCAGAUAGAUAGAUAGAUAGAUAGAGCCACAACAGGAGGCUCCCAGCCAAUCCCUACUCCCCAGGGUCUGUGAUACUAUGGCUUGGCCCCACUGUAACACUCCACACCAGCCCAGCCCAGAGAAAAGGCCCUGGCUUCCCCUUGUAAUCUCUGGGUGGCUGACUGGAACCAGUGGGUUUAGUUUAACCUGUCAGUCAGGGAAAGAGGGGAGGAUGAGGGUCACCAGGGGGACAAAUCACAGGGGAGAUUGGCCUGGAUUUGGGAGCCAUUUCAAAAGAGGGGAUGCUGUCCGCACACUGGCCAAAAAUUAUAUCGAAAUAGUAUAUCUAUUUUGAAAAAGGUGAAAAGUACAAAGGUGGAUAGUACGUGGCCAGGUAGGAGGAGUUAGUUAGCUGUCCUUUUUGUUCUUGAAGGUAGAACAGAUAUGUUGUGUAGGCUAGUUCAGAAAGCUGAGUGCUUAAUAUCAGAGUUUGAGUUUUGCCAUUCCACUGAAAACAAAGGAGCAUCCUAAUAUCAUACCACCUCUACACCAGCCCUAUACCUUACUAUGGUAUGUGUUUAAUAUCAUACCACCUCUACACCAGCCCCAUAUCUUACUAUGGUAUGUGUUUAAUAUCAUACCACCUCUACACCAGCCCUAUACCUUACUGUGGUAUGUGUUUAAUAUCAUACCACCUCUACACCAGCCCCAUAUCUUACUGUGGUAUGUGUUUAAUAUCAUACCACCUCUACACCAGCCCUAUACCUUACUGUGGUAUGUGUUUAAUAUCAUACCACCUCUACACCAGCCCUAUACCUUACUAUGGUACUGUAUGUGUUUAAUAUCAUACCACCUCUACACCAGCCCCAUAUCUUACUGUGGUAUGUGUUUAAUAUCAUACCACCUCUACACCAGCCCUAUACCUUACUGUGGUAUGUGUUUAAUAUCAUACCACCUCUACACCAGCCCUAUAUCUUACUAUGGUACUGUAUGUGUUUAAUAUCAUACCACCUCUACACCAGCCCCAUAUCUUACUGUGGUAUGUGUUUAAUAUCAUACCACCUCUACACCAGCCCCAUAUCUUACUGUGGUAUGUGUUUAAUAUCAUACCACCUCUACACCAGCCCUAUAUCUUACUAUGGUACUGUAUGUGUUUAAUAUCAUACCACCUCUACACCAGCCCCAUAUCUUACUGUGGUAUGUGUUUAAUAUCAUACCACCUCUACACCAGCCCCAUAUCUUACUGUGGUAUGUGUUUAAUAUCAUACCACCUCUACACCAGCCCUAUAUCUUACUAUGGUACUGUAUGUGUUUAAUAUCAUACCACCUCUACACCAGCCCUAUAUCUUACUAUGGUACUGUAUGUGUUUAAUAUCAUACCACCUCUACACCAGCCCUAUAUCUUACUAUGGUACUGUAUGUGUUUAAUAUCAUACCACCUCUACACCAGCCCUAUAUCUUACUGUGGUAUGUGUUUAAUAUCAUACCACCUCUACACCAGCCCUAUAUCUUACUGUGGUAUGUGUUUAAUAUUAUACCACCUCUACACCAGCCCUAUACCUUACUGUGGUAUGUGUUUAAUAUCAUACCACCUCUACACCAGCCCUAUACCUUACUGUGGUAUGUGUUUAAUAUCAUACCACCUCUACACCAGCCCUAUACCUUACUGUGGUAUGUGUUUAAUAUCAUACCACCUCUACACCAGCCCUAUACCUUACUGUGGUAUGUGUUUAAUAUCAUACCACCUCUACACCAGCCCUAUAUCUUACUGUGGUAUGUGUUUAAUAUCAUACCACCUCUACACCAGCCCUAUACCUUCCUGUGGUAUGUGUUUAAUAUCAUACCACCUCUACACCAGCCCUAUAUCUUACUGUGGUAUGUGUUUAAUAUUAUACCACCUCUACACCAGCCCUAUAAUUUACUGUGGUAUGUGUUUAAUAUCAUACCACCUCUACACCAGCCCUAUAACUUACUGUGGUAUGUGUUUAAUAUCAUACCACCUCUACACCAGCCCUAUAUCUUACUAUGGUAUGCGUUUAAUAUCAUACCACCUCUACACCAGCCCUAUAUCUUACUAUGGUAUGUGUUUAAUAUCAUACCACCUCUACACCAGCCCUAUAACUUACUGUGGUAUGUGUUUAAUAUCAUACCACCUCUACACCAGCCCUAUAACUUACUGUGGUAUGUGUUCAAUCUCUGAGAGCUACCUUGCAUUACUUAGAUAUGGGUGCAGCUCCUAAUGGUGCUAAUGCCCAGUAAUGGGCUGAAUGGCUCAGAAUGACAUGGUAUGUUAACAGAUAGACUGAGAGGCUUCCAUGAAAACCCUCUUGACCCCAUUAGGCACCCUUAGCUGGACAGUGUUGACAGUUCUCCGUGCUGUGUGUGUGUGAAGGAGAGACCUCCAUACCCUUGUAGAUGGAUCUCAUUACCCUUCACCCUCUCUUUCUCCUGUUUGCCGUCUCAUUUUAUGCUACGCUCGCUCCUCUCACCCUCUUUUUCUCUUGGCUUUGCUGACCACACCCCCUCUAUGCUCCCAUGCUGCCCCCUGUAGGAAGACAGUGAGAUCUCCCAUGAUGCACCAGCUGUCAACCCUCAGUGCUGGGUAAGCGGAGUGCUGACUCUGUGGCACCCUAUUCCCUACAUAGUUCACCAUAUUGCCUACAAACCUCUGUGUUUGGUUAUUUCAACCUAACAUUUGACCCUGGUUUGUUGACUAUGCUGCAAGUCCAAGUCAUAUCAUAUCUAUUCUAUUUUGUUUUACUCAAUCCUGGGCUUAUUCCUUUAUCUCCCUCCUCUCCUCUCCUCCUCCUCUCCUCUCCUCCUCCUCUCCUCUCCUCCUCCCAGGACCCUGUCUUUUCCUCUGUCUAUUCUAACAGUACACCUCAAUAUGUCAUGUGUUACAAUCAGGUGAGUGUGUGUGCAAGCACACGUUCAGGUGUGAGUGAAGUGUGUCCAUUGCAUGCCAUUGCCCUCAAUAUUCCAUUUCGAUGUACUUGUUUGAGUGCUGUGAUUUGAGUUCUGUUGAUACUGCAGUGAAACGUGUUAGCGUAGUUCCCCUUCAUGUAUCCUAUUUUCUCUCCCUCCUCAGACCAUUUCUUCCUAUGAGGCCCAGGAGGUCUCCUCUCCCACCCAGACCCGCUCUCAGCCCCAAUGGAGACAGAAGGUGACACACACAGACACACACACACAAACCCACAACCACAGAAUCACACACAUACUGGUAGGUGUUACUGUCUGGUCACUGAUCCCUGUCUCUGACCAUGCAGCAGGCUAGACCAGUAGAAGUGGAGGAGCUGCCACAGGCGUCGGUGGCUGAUCGCAUGAAAACUCUACAGGAGAGUGAGGAGCAGUGGAAGACCAGAGGGAGAGGGGUCGCCAACGACUCGGCCCAGUACACUGUGGCUGGACGCAUGGCGAAAAGAGGUGAGGUUUCUCUCUCUCUGAAUCUGUUUCCCUCUUUCUCUUCAUCUUUCUCCUUUUCUUUCUCUUUCUCUCUCUGUCUCUCUCUCCCCCCCUUCUCUCUCUCUCUCUCUCUCUCUCUCUCUCUCUCUCUCUCUCUCUCUCUCUCUCUCUCUCUCUCUCUCUCUCUCUCUCUCUCUCUCGCUCUCUCUCCCCCUUCUCUCUCUCUCUCUUUCCCUCACUCAGACCUGUGUGUGAUUGUCCCACUGCAGGUUUGGUGUUCCCUGUGUCAGACAUAGACGAGACCCCUCCAUCUCACACUAAGAGACCCUCCACAGGAGCCACAGCCACAGCAUGCCCAUACGAAGGUAAAACUACCACAUCUACAAAAGAGAAAAUAUGUUUGUGUCUGGUUUGUGAUUGUAGAUCCUCUUCCCUGACCUCUGGUUCUCCUCUAAACAGAGAUCUCCAGUCACCCUGGGAUGGAGGUGGAAGAGGACACAAAGCUGGACAAACUGGAUUCCUUUGUGGACAGGCUGAAUGGUACGUCUUAUUAUCGAUUCUAGGAUGAUUUGUCCAAACCUCAGAUUAAGAGAGGAAGUCUAUCCACUGGUGUCUAUUGUCUAACUUCCUGUGUUUUGCUCAGUGAUGCUUUGAGUAUCCCAAUGAAGUGGAAUACCUGUAACUUCUCUCAUGUUUUCCCCCUCUCCUCCCCCAGCCGCUCCCCAGGACACGCCCCUGGAGGUGACCUCAAGGGAGGUGAAGGAGGUCAUGACCCCCGAUGACCAGGAGACGUGUGGUGGUUUCUACAGGGAGGUGUCACCCCCCUCACCCUCUGCCCGCCCUGCUGGGGCUGGAGCUGCCACUGGAACUGACCCAGAGCAGGACCUGAGUGCCCUCUGCCAGACAAAUACCCCCAUGUGAGUCUGUGUGUGUGUGUGUUGGGGGGAGGUGUGCAUGGUUGUGUGUAUGUGUUUACGUGUACGCUUCUAUCUAUCUAAUUGAUUGAGUGUGUUCUUUGUGUGUGUUUGUCUCUUAAUGCCUCUUCGUGGUGUCUGUGGUGUGUGUGUGUGUGUGUGUGUGUGCAGGCUGACAUCAGAGGUAGCACAGCAUAGGCGGUCGGUGCGUCCGUACCGCAGGACCCAGGGCUCCCGGAACCCUCUGCGUGCUCUGGCGGCCCGCGAUGACAUCAGACAGAACUACAUGGGAGAGAGAGUCACCAUGGCUACCGUUAACACUAACAGGACACAAGUGGAGAUGAGUGAGUCAUGUUUACAUAUACCAGAGAGAUAUCUCUCUCUCUCUUGCUCCUUCUCUCUUUCUCUCUAUAUUUCUCUCUCUCUCUCUCUUUCUCUCUAUCUCUAUCUCUCUGUCUCUCUCUGUCUCUUUUUUUUUUCUCAAUCUGCUUAUAUACCGUUUAUAUACUGUGACUUUCUCAUCUCUGAUCUCUCUGUCCCAUGUCUGUCCUCAGUGGCCAAGAAUUCCAACAUGGCUGACUCAGCUCUAGCAGGUCUGUCCGGUACAGACAACUUCAGUAACGUCAACCUGCGUGAUGUCACUUCCACAGGCUCAGUGACGAACAACAACAACCUGCCCAUCAGCAACCUCAUGCUCAUUCACAUCAAAGGUCAGUACAGAUCGUGCAUGUGUGUGUGCAUAUGAUUGCGUUUAUGAGUGUGCGUGUGCAUGUCUGUGUGUGUGGAUACAAACUCUCCAUUCAACAUGUGUGUGUGUCUCCUACGGUGCCAGGUCGGCAUCAUGUGCAAGUGCGUCUGGUGGAGCCCACAGCCAGGUCUCUGAACAGUGGAGACUGCCACCUUCUGGUGACACCCUCUCACUGCAUCCUCUGGAGCGGAGCGUUCGCCAACACCACAGAGAAAGCCAAGGUACGACUGGGACACUACACACAUUGUAUCACAUACUGACUCUAUUCCUUGGCCACUAACUAGAUCCCUGGCCUGUAUUGUUCAUGGUUUAUUCCUGUUGGGCAUCUUAUUCAUCUGUAAUUCAAGCCAUGUAUGCUAUUGAAGUACAUUUUACACGCUACAUUUAAACACAAUGUGAAGCCACUGAUAAAUGUCAGUUAUUACUGGUGAUGAUGUUUGCCUGCCUUCUGCUGUCUCUGUCCAGGCGUCAGAGCUGGCAUCGUUGAUCCAGACCCAGGGAGACCUGGGCUGCCGGGCCUGUGAGGUCAUCCACCUAGAGGAGGGGGUCAAUACUGACAACAGCCUGGCCUCUGACUUCUGGAACCUUCUGGGAGGAAAGACACAAUACAGAGGUCAGACUACAACUAGUCACCAACCACUCUGUCUCUCACUUAGUAGACAAAACCAUAAGAACUGUACAAACUAUGUAUCAAUCCUAUUAAAACAACCAGAACGCCCUUUUAGGUAAGUAAGUCAGUAAGUAAGUAAACUAAGUCAGUCAGUCAGUCAGUAAACUAAGUAAUGAAGUCAGUCAGUCAGUAAACUAAGUCAGUCAGUCAGUCAGUAAACUAAGUCAGUCAGUCAGUAAACCAAGUAUGUAAGUAUGCAAGCAACCAGGAAGUAACCAUUUGCAUCUGUCUUUGUGUACUGUAUGUGGGAUUGUAUAUGUGUGUGUUUACUGUAGGAGCGGGAGCCCCAGAGGAGGAUGAGCUGUAUGAGAGUGGGGUGGUGGAGUCUAACUGUUUGUACAGGCUGGUGGAGAACAGACUGGUGCCCCAUGAGCAGGCCUGGGCAGCCAUCCCCACUGUCUCCCUACUGGGAUCCACGGAGGUCAGUCCCUCCCUGGAUCCCCCUGUGUGUCUCUGUUGCUUCUCAGCCAUUGCUGCCUUGGUGCUACAUAUCAAUGGGUUUUAACUCAAUAUAAAGAUUAUAAACUGGUAUGCUAUCUAUCAACUUUUGUGUGAUUCCUGUCAGUUUUCAACACUACAGAUAGUAGCUGAUCUCUGAAUGGUUGUCUCUCUCUGCCUCUCUCUCUGUCUCUGUCUGUUCCCCUGUCUCUCUACCAGGCCCUGGUGUUUGACUUUGGCAGCGAGGUGUACCUGUGGCAUGGGAAGGAUGUUGCCCCUGGCGACAGGAGUGUGGCUGUACAGCUGGCCCAGCAGGUGUGGGGUGGUCCCUACGACUACAGCAACUGUAGGGUCAACCCACUGGACCCCACACACUGCAACCCCAACAUACAGCCGUACGUAAACACCACACAGGCGCUUACAUAGUAAAAUAAGUAAUUUAAAUACAUACUGUUGUAUUCAUUGAUACAUUAUGUACAGUUGAAGUCUGAGGUUUACAUACACUUAGGUUGGAGUCAUUAAAACUAGUUUUUCAGCCACUCCACAAAUGUCUUGUUGACAAACUAUAGCUUUGGCAUCUACUUUGUGCCAUGACACAAGUAAUUUUCCAACAAUUGUUUACAGACAGAUUAUUUCACUUAUAAUUCACUGUAUCACAAUUCCAGUGGGUCAGAAGUUUACAUACACUAAGUUGACUGUGCCUUUAAACAGCUUGGGAAAUUCCAGAAAAUUAUGUCAUGGCUUUAGAAGCUUCUGAUAGGCUAAUUGACAUAAUUUGAGUCAAUUGGAGGUGUACUUGUGGAUGUAUUUCAAGGCCUACCUUCAAACUCAGUGCCUCUUUGCUUGACAUCAUGGGAAAAUCAAAAGAAAUCAGCCAAGACCUCAGAAAGAAAAUUGUAGACCUCCACAAGUCUGGUUCAUCCUUGGGAGCAAUUUCCAAACACCUGAAGGUACCACGUUCAUCUGUACAAACAAUAGUACGCAAGUAUAAACACCAUGGGACCACGCAGGCGUCAUACCGCUCAGGAAGGAGACGCGUUCUGUCUCCUAGAGAUUAACGCACUUUGGUGCGAAAAGUGCAAAUCAAUCCCAGAACAACAGCAAAGGACCUUGUGAAGAUGCUGGAGGAAACAGGUACAAAAGUAUCUAUAUCCACAGUAAAACAAGUCCUAUAUCGACAUAACCUGAAAGGCCGCUCACCAAGGAAGAAGCCACUGCUCCAAAACCGCCAUAAAAAAGCCAGACUACGGUUUGCAACUGCACAUGGGGACAAAGAUCGUACUUUUUGGAGAAAUGUCCUCUGGUCUGAUGAAACAAAAAUAUAACUGUUUGGCCAUAAUGACCAUCGUUAUGUUUGGAGGAAAAAGGGGAAGGCUUGCAAGCCGAAAAACACCAUCCCAACUGUGAAGCACGGGGGUGGCAGCAUCAUGCUGUGGGGGUGCUUUGCUGCAGGAGGGACUGGUGCACUUCACAAAAUAGAUGGCAUCAUGAGGAAGGAAAAUUAUGUGGAUAUAUUGAAGCAACUUCUCAAGACAUCAGUCAGGAAGUUAAAGCGUGGUCGCAAAUGGGUCUUCCAAAUGGACAAUGACCCCAAGCAUACUUCCAAAGUUGUGGCAAAAUGGCUUAAGGACAACAAAGUCAAGGUAUUGACCUCAAUCCUAUAGAACAUUUGUGGGCAGAACUGAAAAAGCGUGUGCGAGCAAGGAGGCCUACAAACCUGACUCAGUUACACCAGCUCUAUCAGGAGGAAUGGGCCAAAAUUCACCCAACUUAUUGUGGGAAGCUUGUGGAAGGUUACCCGAAAUGUUUGACCCAAGUUAAACAAUUUAAAGGCAAUGCUACCAAAUACUAAUUGAGUGUAUGUAAACUUCUGACCCACUGGGAAUGUGAUGAAAGAAAUAAAAGCUGAAAGAAAUAAUUCUCUCUACUAUUAUUCUGACAUUUCACGUUCUUUAAAUAAAGUGGUGAUCCUAACUGACCUAAAACAGGGAAUUUUUACUAGGAUUAAAUGUCAGGAAUUGUAAAAAACAGAGUUUAAAUGUAUUUGGCUAAGGUGUAUGUAAACUUCCGACUUCAACUGUAUGUGAUUUGUGUACAGGCAAGGUGAAAGACGGCCAGACUGGGCCCUGUUUGGCUGUGUCUCUGAGCACAACGAGACAGCCCUCUUCAGGGAGAAGUUUCUGGACUGGGCUGUAGAUAAGGAGGAUACCGCUGCAAUGGUGGUGGAGGAGGCACAGGUUAGUUAGAGACAAAUCUAAUCAAAUCCAUUUUUAUUUGUCACAUGCGCUGAAUACAACAGCUGUAGACCUUACAGUGAAAUGCUUACUUACAAGCCCUUAACCAACAUGACGUUUUAAGAAAAAUAAGAGUUAAGAAAAGAUUUACUAAAUAAUUUAAAAAGUAACAAUAAAAAAAUAAUAACGAGACUAUAUACAGGGGGUACCUAGUACCAGUACCUAGUCAAUGUGCGAAACACAUGACUCAAAGCCAAAUAGGACCCAUCCUGUACAGACUCAGAGUGACUGUGAGAAAGAUGUCUGGUCUUCCUCUCCCUUCCUACAUUUCUCUCUCUACUGUGUAUCUCUGUGCAGACUGCCAUGCCAGUGUUGCCCCAGCAUAGUCCCCUGCCCCAGCAGCCCCAGCAGCAUUUAGAGUGUGUGUCUCUGUGUGCGUGUGAUGCCAAGGCGCUGGUGGCAGGGCAGGGGGUGGCGGUGCCAGGAGACGGGGUGGUCCCUACAGUCCUGGAGGGGGUGGACGUUCAGAGGGGGCAUGGGGUCGUACCCCUGGAGGACGGGCGGCAGGUGGAGCUGAGCACUGUUGCCUUGGAUACCUGGCACAUUCAGGAGUUUGAGGACAGCGAGGCCCAGCUGGAGAGCCCAGGGCAGCUGCAUGAUGGAGACACAUACCUGGUCCGCUGGACCUAUACUCUCAGCCCAGUGGAUGAAAGCGGGGAGCCUGGGAAGGAGUGCUCUGCCGUCUUCAUCUGGCAGGGCCGGCACUCCAGUAUCAAUGGGCGAGGCACACCUGCACUCAGGAGUCAUGAGGGAACACAGGUGGGUGGUUCUUCUAUCAACACUCUUAAACCACCCAUAGCCUCAGUUAAAUCCAUAGAAUCACAUAUAGAACAUGCAAAUUAUAGGAUGUCUAUGGUUAAACCUGCCUAGCAUUUCAGAGGCCUGAGUUUAAACCAGUCUUUUUGCUGGGAAGGAUGCCUUUGGUUGUUGUGUACAGUAGGCUCUCUGACUGUGUUGUUGUUGUCCUGUUGAAGGUGAUGGUGCCUCAGGGGCAGGAGCCUCCAUGUUUCCUUCAGCUCUUCCAGGGAGGUCUGGUCAUCCACAAAGGCUGCCGAGCGGACACCACCAACAACACAGGUGGGAUAUUACCUUGGCUUUACCUCCUCUAAUUUAGGUGUGUGUGUGUGUGUGUGUCUGGUUAUGUGUAUGUGUUGUGUGUAUAUGUGUGUUCCUAACUGCACUCUCUCUGUGUCCUGUAGGGGUCUGGCGUCUGUUCUGUGUGCGUGGGGAGCUGCCGGAGGAGGCCAGUCUGUUGGAGGUGGACUGCAGCUGUGGAGGCCUGCGCUCCCGAGGCUCUCUCAUACUGCUCAACAGUCAACAGGGGGCACUCUACUUGUGGCACGGCUGUAAGGUCCACACCAGCUCCCGGGAGGCGGGCAAGAGGGCUAUGGAGCGACUCACUCAGAUGUAAGUCUCCCUUCAUGGAUGUGUUCUUGUGCUUCUGUAUGUAUUCAUUUGUUGGAAAACAAACAGUAUUAAUACGUGGGUAUGUGUGCUUUCUGCUGUCUGUGUGUUAGGUGCCCUCCUGAACUGGGCCUCAGCAUUGAUAGCCCUGCGAGGGUGCAGGAAGUAGAGGAAGGGGCGGAGCCUGUGGAGUUCUGGAACGCUAUUGGGCAGCAGGACAGGAAGGCCUAUGACUGCAUGUUACAAGGUACUGAACACACCUCUCAGCUCCUGUUCAUACCUGAACAAAAUACACCUUGACAUACAGUGCCGUGAAAAAGUAUUUGCCCCCUUUCUAAUUUUCUCUACUUUUGCAUAUUUUUGAUACUGAAUGUUAUCAGAUCUUCAACCAAAACCUAAUAUUAGAUAAAGGGAACCUGAGUGAACAAAUAACACAGCAAUUACAUACGUAUUUCAUGUAUUUAAUAAACAAAGUUAUGCAACAACCAAUGCCCCUGUGUGAAAAAGUAAUUGCCCCCUUACACUCAAUAACUGGUUUUGCCACCUUUAGCUACAAUGACUCCAACCAAACACUUCCUGUAGUUGUUGAACAGUCUCUCACGUCGCUGUGGAGGAAAUUUGGCCCACUCUUCCAUACAGAACUGCUGUAACUCAGCGAUAUUUGUGGGUUUUCAAGCAUGAACUGCUCAUUUCAAGUCCUGCCACAACAUCUCAAUUGGGAUUAGGUCUGGACUUUGACUAGGCCAUUCCAAAACGUAAAAUGUGUUGCUUUUUAGCCAUUUUCAUGUAGAUUUGCUUGUGUGUUUUGGAUCAUUGUCUUGCUGCAUGACCCACCAGCGCUUCAGCUUCAGCUCACAGAUGGAUGGCCUGACAUUCUCCUGUAGAAUUCUCUGAUACAGAGCAGAAUUCAUGGUUCCUUCUAUUAAGGCAAGUCGUCCAGGUCCUGAGGCAGCAAAGCAUCCCCAAACCAUCACACCACCACCACCAUGCUUGAACUUUGGUAUAAUGUUCUUACUGUGGAAUGCAGUAUUUGGUUUUCGCCAGGCAUAAUGGAAACCAUGUCGUCCAAAAAGUUAUACUUUUGAAUCAUCUGUCCAUAGAACAUUCUUCCAAGAGUCUUGAUGAUCAUCCAGGUGCUUCCAGGUGCUUUUUGGCAAACUUGAGUCAACUUUUUGGACGACAUGUAUCAGAGAAUUCUACAGGAGAAUGUCAGUCCAUCCGUUUGUGAGCUGAAGCUGAAGCGCAGCUGGGUAAUGUAGCAAGACAAUGAUCAAGAAUACACAAUCAAGUCACACAUGAAAAUGGCUAAAAAGCAACAUAUUUGAAGUUUUGAAAUGGCCUAGUCAGUCCAGACCUAAUCCCAAAUGAGAUGUUGUGGCAGGACUUGAAACGAGCAGUUCAUGCUUGAAAACCCACAAAUGUCGCUGAGUUAAAUAAGUUCUGCAUACAAGAGUGGGCCAAAAUUCCUCCACAGUGAUGUGAGAGACUGAUCAAGAACUACAGGAAGUAUUUGGUUGAAGUCAUUGCAGCUAAAGGUGGCACAACCAGUUAUUGAGUGUAAGGGGGCAAUUACUUUUUCACAGAGGGGAAUUGGGUGUUGCAUAACUUUGUUCAUUAAAUAUAUAAAAUAAGUUGACAUUUUUUGUGUUAUUUGUAAACUCAGGUUCCCUUUAUCUAAUAUUAGGUUUUGGAUGAAGAUCUGAUAACAUUCAAUAUCAAAAAUAUGCAAAAGUUGAGAAAAUUAGAAAGGGGGCAAAUACUGUUUCACGGCACUGUAUUUAACAGAAUGCCUGAAAGUUCUGAAUAACCUGAACAGAUAUCCCAACCCAAAUGUCUUAUUUUGAAAUGAACACACAGAUGACUAAUGUAAGAAGGUAUACACCUGCUGAACUUGACUGAGUGCUGAAAGGUUGAGAGGUUGAUGAGAUGCUGUGGGUUGUUAUCGCUCAGAUCCAGGGAAGUAUAACUUCACGCCACGUCUCUUCCAUCUGAGCACCUUUUCCGGAACCUUCCAGGGGGAGGAGCUGCAGAGCCCGGCCAGGUUACCAGGGGUUGUCAUGGCGAUGCCCUUUGUCCAGGAGAGCCUGUACUUUGUGCCACAGCCAGGUGAGUGUCCGCUCAAUGCCCAAACUCACAUGUAUGCACGCACGCACUCAUAAACACAACUUCCAUUGUUAUCACCGGGACUUGAGGUAUUUGGUAUUUGUGUAUUUUAUUAGGAUCCCUAUUAGCUGUUGCAAAAGCAGCAGCUACUCUUCCUGGGCUCCACACAAAACAUGAAACAUGACAUAAUACAGAACAUUAAUAGACAAGAAGAGCUCAAGGACAGCACUACAUAAAAAAAAGAUUACACUCACCCCUAAUAUCCCCCUCUUUCUUUCCCUUUCUCACUCACUCACUCACUCACUCACUCACUCACUUACUCACUCACUCACUCACUCUCUUGCUCUCUUGCUCUCUCGCUCUCGCUCUCACCCCCUCACUCUCUCUCUCACUCUCUCCCCCUCUCUCAUCCCUCUCCAGCCCUGUUCCUGCUGGACAACCAUAUGGAGCUGUAUCUGUGGCAGGCAGGUGAGCCUGAGAACAGUGAGACUGCUGGCUCAGCCUGCAUCCGCUGGACUAACGAGAGGAGGUGUGCCAUGCAGACAGUGCUCCAGUACUGCAAAGGUGACAGCAAGUAGACAAAGCAAGGCAGCUAAUAGAAGAGUUGAUUGUUUAGAUCAGGGGUAUUUCAAUCUUACCCUAUGAGGUCCAGAGUACUGCUGGUAAUUGCACACACCUGGUGUCCAAGGUCCAAAUCAGUCCUUGAUUAGAGGGGAAUAAUUAAUAAAGAAAAGCAGUGGAACUGGCUUCGAGGUCCAGAUUUGAAUCUGAGGGGUUUAGAUGGUUGUUGGUCAUUAUCAGGAGUGUGUUGGGGAUAUGCUGUAGUUAGGGGUUAAGUUGUUCUGUGGUUCUCUAACGGUUUGGGGUGUGUUGGAUGUGUUUUUAGAGAGGAACCCGAGGCGCCCCCUUCAGGCUUACCUCAUCCAGGAUGGAGCAGAACCCCUCACCUUCACCAACGUGUUCCCUCGCUGGGAGAAGAGACCCACAUCCACCACACAGGUACAGGAAGAGAGGACUGCUCAUCCUCCUCGUGAUAAUCAUUAUCAUUCUCAAUAAUAGCGUCUGUAGACAUCAGCAGCAUCAUUGGUAAUAACUUCACAACAGCAGUAAACACAGUUCAGUAUUAUCUGGUUGGGUAAAGACUGCUGUGUCAUAGCAACACCACAGUCUUUGUCUUUCAAAGUCAGGUAUGUUUUAGAUUUAGAUAUGCUGACUUGUGAAUGAUGUUGUCCAGGGGGAGGCCGGGCGGGUCAAGCUGACCUUGGUGCAGGACGCCCUGGCCCAGCUCACUAAAACCCAGUACCCUCUGGAGGAGCUGCUGCAGACCCCUCUGCCAGAAGGAGUGGACCCCCAUCGCCUGGAGAUCUACCUCUCUGACCACGAUUUCCAGGUUGACACACAAACACGCUAGUCCUGUGUGGCUCAGUUGGUAGAGCAUGACCCUUACAUUGUCAGGAUAAUGAUUCCCACUGGGGCCACUCCUAUGAAAAUGUAUGACAAUGUAUGCACACUUUGGAUACAUUUGUCUGCUGAAUGUUAUAUACAGUAUUAUAUACAUGAUAUAAAACAGAGUGCAGCUACACCUGACAGCCACUAGGGUGCACCACUAACCUCCUAAUGAUGGCUGUGGUGUGACAUGGCCAAUGGAAAUAUCUUAUUGUGGUAGUCUGGAGAUUAUAAAAACAGAUAGUUUAAGAGAAAAUGUGACAUAUGUAGGUUUCUAUGUAAAUAUUUCACAAAACGUUCAUCCCUAAGACCAGUGGAUGCUUGCUUUUCUCCAUUAUUCUGCAGUAUCUGAAGUAAUGUCUGUUUGUUUAUAUGUUUCAGACUAUUUUGGAGAUGAAGAGAGAUGAGUAUGACUCCCUCCCAAACUGGAAACAAAUCACCCUGAAAAAAAGCAAAGGACUCUAUUGAAAACCUAAACAAACACAAAAAGAUCCCAUUUUAUUUAUGUCAAUAUAUCCUGAGGAGAAAAUGUUUUUGUAUUUUCUAUUUUUAAGAGAAUUAUAUUUUCUUGUCAGGUGAUGACAAUUGUGUACAGUGUUUUCUUAGUAGCUGUUUUUAAGUUGAAUCUGUGUGUCUUCUUUAAGUAUGGUGCAUUAGGGCCUUAUUCGUUCUUAGCCAAUCGCUUGCAGAGAGACAGGACUGCCUAUACCUUCAAACAGAAGGACAACCAUCCUUAUCACCAAUCAAUCAACUGGAUCCAUUUUCUUAUUCCUAGAGCUUACAUGAGUGUGUGGUUUUCUUACUGACUAUGGAUUCCCUCAGAAAUGUUAACUAAAAAGAAGAAGAAACAGCAUUACACAUUUUCCUAUGAAACUUUAAUUUACCUGUACAAAUCAAUGAAGAGCAAGGUGUAAAAGAGGAGGGAAACAUCACUAACGAACGGUGGGUGGGGAGGAGAAAACACAGGAGUACAAAAGCAAUCAAUUGUAAUAAACAACGGAAACCAGGAAAAUAAAGGCGUGGCCACUUUCUUCAUGUUUCAUCUCAAUCAAUAUCAUUCCUUCACAGAGCUCUGCUUGUCUGCUGCAGGCUUCAGUUAUACUGGCAGUCUUCUCUUAGGCUGAAUUUCAGAGAUUGAAUUAUAAGAAUGAAAAAGGCACAAAAGGCAUAUCUUCUCAGAAAGACAAAGUGAAAAAAGGCCUGAUUUGUCUCUAAGCUUGACUGUGUGUUUAACAGUAUAGUUUUGCCUAUAAACUCUAAUGUGUGUAUUUACGGUCUCCACGCUGUCUCUUUGCGUAAGUGUGUGUAUCACUGUGUGCAGUUGCCCCUUAGGUUAGCAGUAGGUGAACUCUGUUACAGUUGCUCUGUAAGCUCUAGUGUGUGGUGAGGUGUUCGCAGCUCUGUGAGCUGUGAUAGGGCUGGCCAGUAUGUGUGUAAAGCUGGGUUAUACUGUGAUUACAGCGCUUGGGUUUCAGUUCUACCUAGAAUAUUAGGCACGUAUGGAGAGGCAGGUAGCCAUGCUCCAAUAACAUCACACCACCGGUCAGCACAAGGCACGCAAAUUCACCUCCGCCUCAUUUGACACAGCUAACCAAGAAACCUUCCCCCAUACACACACAUUUUACCCUUCCUUACAAGAACAGCAAAUUCAACCGUUCAUCCGCUCAACAAACCCAACACUGACGUGCAUUAAACCGUCCAACACCUUUAGCUGAUAGGGAGGCUUGUCUUUACUCAUGGUUCUAAGUAGCAGUGUAUUGCUCUAAGUGAGAGUGUAUUGCUAUGAGUAAGCAUGUAUUGCUCUGAGUAAGAGUAUAUUGCUCUGUGUAAGAGUGUAUUGCUCUGAGUAAGAGUGUAUUGCUCUGAGUAAGAGUGUACUGCUCUGAGUAAGAGUGUAUUGCU